CGGCUGGGGCAGGCGGGUGCCGGGUGGCGGUGGGCAGAGCGUCGGUGCCCACCGUGCCCUUCCUCCCCACCCCCGGGACGGGCCGGGCCGGGCCGGGCCGGACGGAGGACGGAGGAUGAACACGCCCACCGCCUUGGGGGCCAAGCCCCCCACCGGGCGGAAGAUGAAGGCUAGAGCUCCUCCACCACCCGGACAGCCCGCUGCCCGAACUGUUCAGAGUGAGCAGAGAACACCGAGAGACGUGGGCAACCAUCCAGCCCAGAACCUGGUCAACACGAAAGAAAACCUGCUCGACGACUCGAUGGAUGUUACUGUCAUUCUCCCCAGUGGACUAGAAAGAAAGAGUGCGGUGAAUGGAAGGAAUGCAGUGAUGGACCUCUUGAUUGAGCUUUGCAAACAGUGCCACUUAAACCCAGCCCAACACACCAUCGAGCUCUUUCCUUUGGAGUCUGAUCAACCUUUAAGUUUCAAGCCAAACACUUUGAUAGGGACACUGGAUGUGCAUACUAUACUGCUGAAAGAAAAAGUCCUUGAAGAGAAGAGUAAACCACCGCUUCCUAAGAUGCCUGAGAAAUCUGUGAGGCUGGUGGUGAAUUACCUCCGGACCCAAAAGGCGGUGGUCCGAGUCAGCCCUGCGGUGCCUCUGCUGAACAUCCUCCCCCUCAUCUGUGCAAAGUGCGAAGUGCGUCCCGAGCACAUCAUUCUCCUCAGGGACAACAUCGCCGGAGAAGAGCUGGAGCUUUCCAAGUCUCUGAACGAGCUGGGGAUCAAGGAAUUGUAUGCCUGGGACAACAAGCGAGUUCUUCAGACCAAAGCUCAGUCUGAACCUUCCCUGAUCUAUCAAGAAACCACCAGAAAAUCUUCAUUCGGCACUGACACAGAAGACAGAGAGAAGAAAAAAUUUCUGGGAUUUUUCAAAGUGAAUAAAAGAAGCAAUAAGGCCGGAGAGCAGGAGGUGCCGAGUGUGGACUGUGAUGAGGGGGCUUUAAAAUCUGCAACUGAAAUAAGCCAUAAUGGCUGUUCAACAACUCCUAAUACCCCAUCGGUGAAUUCACGUUCCAUGACUUUGGGUCCAUCACUCUCCCUUAGCAACGUCUCAGGAAUGUCUGUAAAGUCAGAGAUGAAGAAGCGAAGAGCACCUCCUCCGCCAUCCAUCACACCAGUCUCACUGAACCCCGAGAUGAUCCGUGAACAAGACAAGGCAGCAGAAAAGAUUUCACAAGUGUCACAGAAUGAUUUCCAGAAAAAAAAGAGGCACGCCCCAGCCCCGCCUACUCCCCUUGUGCCAAAAAGGACCGAAGACAAGGAGGAGAACAGGAAGAGCACAAUGGGUUUUGGACGACAGAUGCCACAAAAGCCUCCCAGAGGCGUUCCCCGGGGUCCACCCCAGUUAGUGCUCCCCCCGCCCCCAUCCUACCCUCCUCCAGACUCAGACACUUUGGAUCUACCCGUAUUUCCCAGGGAAGCCGAUGCUGCAGAAUCCAUCGUAUUGGAAACCAAACUAAGUCAGGCACUUGUUCAUGAUAAUACAUAUGCUGUGGAGGAUGAGGUGGGGAUGGAACUGUCUGAAGUGGAAGAGACUGCAUCUGUCAGCAGUUGUUUUGCAUCAGAAGACACAACCGAAGACUCCGGAGUUUUGAGUUCUCCCUCAGACGUCGUCUCUCUGGAUUCCCAAAACGAUGGCGUGAAGUCAAAAGACAAGCUGGCUUCGGAUCAGGAAGAGCCUGCUGACCUAGAUGGAACUGACGCGGCAGAAUUUUGCCCCCAGAGGAGUACUUCCGAUGAGAGCGAUGACUCUGGGAUUAUUAAUCAGAGGGCCUACACGAGGAGUGAAAAAGCAAUCACAGCAAAGAACAAAGAAGAAGGCGUCUUCAUUCCUGGACAGCUGCAGGAAACGCUUCAAGAACUAGAGGAACAAGCUGUGGAAGAUAAUUAUGAAACAGAUAUCAACUCUGAAUCUAGUUCCAUAAAUGGUGAUUCCAGGUCCCAUGUACCAAAUGCCCUGGUCAGUGAAAAAGAAAUUCCAGGAACAACAGAAAUGGAGCUUUCAAGAAUAAAUACUUCCAACCACAAAGGAAAUGGAGAGGUAGCCCCAUUCCAUGUUCAGGAGAAGUCAAGAGAAGUCUCCGCUGAUGAGCUGCAGGCUAGGAAGCUCACCAAUAAAAAUAACAAUGCAGGUUCCUUCAAAAUGGAAAAGGUAGCCGGCGAAACAACUCACGUGCCUAGGAAUGUCACACGUCAACCAUCAUCUGAGAAGGCAGUCAGCCGUUUGCUUGUUAAAAAGAGGGAGGACAUAUUUCAAUCUUACAUUUCUUCGUAUGAAUUAAGUAAAGAAAAGAACCGGGCACCACCGGAUCAUUGUAAAAGUGACACUUAUUCUGAUGAACAGAGGUCGGGGAUGGUUCCUUCCAUCUUUAAGACUCAGACCGAUGACAGAUCUCUAAAGGAGAAAGCAAAUCAGGGUCACAAACCAAACAGCGAUAAAAUGUCCCAGAAGAACAAGGCGUUGAUUUCGGAGACUGAGGCAGCGAAAACUUCCCACAAUGAAGACGAGAGCACCUCUCCAACCGCGUGGCAUCACCGAGGUUACAAUCCAAAGGCAGGCUAUGAACUGAAAUCCGGCCUUACCACCUAUAAAAUUGUUCCUCCGAAACCUGAAAUGAAAUGUUACGACAGAGGAGUCUCCCUGUCCACUGGUGCCAUUAAGAUUGAUGACCUGGGCAACCUGGUGAGCCCACACACUGUUGGUAUGAAGAAUUCCUUCAGGUCUUCUGUCUCUGAAACUGAGACCCAACCAAUUGGAAAACUAAAGGAAUUCUGGAGGUGCAACUCCCUGGAAAACCAAUCCGGGGAGUCCUCGGAAACUCUCGCAAGAAAGACCGCAGCUUCUAAACUGAAUCACACAGAAACAGAAUUCAAAAUCGAACCUGGGUUCUCAGAGCCCAAAUUUCAGCCAUCCCAGCAAACUGCUUACAAACGAGGUGAAAGCCACACGGAACUUGAAAAAACAAAACCACCCAACCCAGUCUCACCGACUCAGGCCAAAGUGCCAGGAACCUCAGCAGCUAAAACAACAGAAUUCAGCUUUCUAAAGCCCCAGAGGAGAACAUCAAGCCAGUAUGUCGCCUCUGCUAUCACAAGGCGCAUAGAGCCUUCAAAGAUUAAGACCGAAUCCACAGGGAGGCAUGAUAAAGAGAACAGUAUUGAAUACGGAAAGCCAAACCCGGACUUAGAUCCUGGGACUAAGAAGGACGUUGUGGGAUCCAAAGAGAGUCCCCCAAAUUCGCAGCCGCUCGGCAAGGAAAAGUCUCCCUCAGAUUGUCAUACUGGUAAUUGGAAGGAAUCGAAUAGAGUUACAGUGAGUCCACAGCCUGGAUCGGGAAGCCACGGAGCCAAUGCCAAGUCACUAACUCGAGAUGAUACUGCCUACUUGUAUGGACGGAGCGUAGGUGCCACACUAGCAAAAUCCUUUCCAAGGGAUAAUUCCUUUGUGGAAGACGAUUACAGAAGAAGUGUGGGGAACAAAAAGACCGAUUUUGUCUGUAACCAAAAAUGUGAGAAAUUUAACAGCAGAAAUCUAUCCCCGGCCCCUCGCUCACCAAACUUCCAGGUGGAGAGUGGACCGGUUUCGAAUUCUGAGAAAAUGGCUCCUGUCGGCAGCGAGCCUGCUGUGUCUUUGAAACAGUCAUCGACGCGAGGUGCUGCUGGUCCAAACGGCCUCGGUGUAGUGAAAGUGGAGGAGAAACCGGAUACUCCAUCUGCAGAUUCAUUGACUGAGUCAGAGAUUCCUCUAUCGACCAGCAUAUUUGGGCCAAAGAAAAAAUUCAAGCCUGUCGUACAGAAACCAGCACCAAAAGAUACAUCACUUCAUAGUGCUUUGAUGGAAGCUAUUCAGUCUGGAGGAGGAAAAGAUAAACUAAGAAAGACUGCAGAACCUCUCCCAGAUGGAAGUCUGAAGAAACCUUCUUACCUUGAGCCCGAAAGCGAACGAUCAGCCCUACUAGCAGCAAUUAGAGGACACAGUGGAGCCUCUAGGCUGAAAAAGGUAUCUUCUUCGGCCUCAGAGGAACUUCAGAAUUUGAGAGAUGCAGAGGUCUCUGGGCCAACAAGGGAUGAUUUUCCAAAAGAAGGCCUCCAUCCUCCUGCGCAGCCUGUGAGACCCCCACCUUCACCACCUGCACUUCCUUCCCCUGGGUCCACGAUAUUCAAGGCAGCUCCCAAAUCCUCCCCCAGGAAUUCAGGCAACCCCGUGGAUGCCAGGCAGGCCUUGUUGGACGCUAUCCGCUCCGGCUCUGGGGCAGCCCGAUUGAAAAAGAUUCAACGGCCUCUACUCCAUCCUAAUAGUCCUCGACCUCUCCGAUGCCUUCGAGACUGUGGACCACCCCCUUCUCUUGGAAACAUUGAUACCAUGGGGGUCCCGCUGCCUGUUUGAAUAGGGACCAAAUGAAGCUAACCGUGUACACAUCUAUGAUCAUCAUUCAAAAACUUGAAGUGGCAAAGACCAUCAGGAAUCGGUAUUACUUUCUUGUCUAUGGGCCAAAGUCUGCUGUAUUUCAUUUUGUGUAUGUUCCUAAAGAACGAUUCAAAGGGAAAAGUUCUUGUCAUUCUCUUGCCCAGCCUGUGUGCCAAGAAAAUGUGUUUUGCCUCUCAAUACUUAAAGUUGCCAGUAAACUCUUCUUGUUGGCAGGCUAAUAAGAAUAUAAACACUGUGUAGCCCAGACCUGAAUUGAUUUUGUGGGCAAAAUUGAGAAGCGUUUGGUUCCCUAUCCAUCAAAGACCUAGAAGUCUUUUACCAUGUGCAGCUGUUGAAAAUGCUUCCCUGGCUUGAAAUCUUUAAGUUUAAGAAAACAGCUGGUGACAAAUAAAAGGAAUGUGUCUGAUGUAAAAUAGACUUACAUGGAUUGGUAGCAAGGAUGAGAAAGUGUGAUUAUUUCUCAAAGCUACAAUUGCCAUAGUCCAGUAGUGCUGUCAAAUUCUUGUCCUAUGCAUCUCUAUGGGCACUGACUCAUGGAGUUUCAUGGCUCAGAAACUGCUCAUGGUUUUUAUUUAUUGCCAUCAAAAAAUCCUUUAUCAAAUACUGACAUACAUAGCACAGCAUUAGAUGCAAUAAAACCGUGGUUUUCUGGUCCCCAAAUCCCCACAGAAUGAGAAACCCCAUAAUGUCCAAAUAGAGGCUUGCCCCUUCAGAACCUGGUAUGAAUUGGGAUAUGACGUGUAUGGGGAUAAUAUAUUGGAGGACAGUACACUGAACCCAAAUCCUCUCUCUUUAAAACUGUUCAGCCAGGAAAGGGGAAACCUGAAUGUGUCCCAGAGAGGAAGAGUACAUCUCCAAAAUCUGCUUAGUGGUUGAGGGGUUGGAGAGCAAUCUUGUCCUUUCAGCCUAUCCUCCAUUAGCUCAUUGGGAGGACUAUCCUUGGUUUGUAAAUCUUCUUGAAGCACACUGCUUUGUAUAAGCCAGUAUUUAUAACAAAGAUAAACUACUUUUGUAGUUGUCCUGUAUUUAUCUUCUAAGUAUUUUGUUCACUUAACUGAAAAGAGGUGACUCACCAUCAAGAUGAUUUCUCUUCUUAUUCCUCCAUUCUGUAAUGUAACAAAGGAAAUGGAAAUCUGAAUAUUUCAAUGCUUAUAAUCAGUUAAAUUUUGUGCACUGUUCAGAAUGGCAACAGGCUAUUCACGGCCUGAAUUCAAACUGUUUCUACAUCAAGUUGCUAACUUCCAUACCUGGAGAGCAUUCUUCCGAUCACACCUAACUCCAACUGUCUAUAUCUGUUUGUUAGUGCCACAAAUAAUAAAAUUGAAUUUCUAUUAAA